UAUUACUAUAAGCAGGUAACAUCUCCACACUCUCUAGGCAUACUCUCAAGGUCCGAACCCCCAAGCCUCGCCCGGUUCCGCCGGGGCUACGACAGGGCCAUUUUCACUCCGAUGCUCAAGUUCCUCCGAGACACCAAAUCGCCAUUCAUGGUAAACCCCUACCCCUACUUCGGCUACUCCCCGCAAAUGGCGAACUACGCCCUCUUCAAGCCCAACCGCGGCGUCCGAGACACCAACACCGGUAUCACCUACACCAACAUGUUCGACGCAAUGCUCGACGCCGUCCACUCGGCCGCCAAGUCCGUCGGCUACGGGGAUGUCGACAUCGUGAUUGGCGAGACGGGAUGGGCCUCGGCCUGCGAAUACCCGGCGUGUUCGGUGCAGAACGCGAGGGAUUACACUACCAACCUGAUAAGGCAUGUGAAUUCUGGGAAGGGCACGCCAUUGAUGCCCAACAGGAGGUUUGAGACUUAUCUGUUUUCUUUGUUUAAUGAGAAUCUUAAGCCUGGUCCCACGGCUGAGAGGAACUGGGGGCUCUUCCAGCCGGAUUUUACUCCGGUUUAUGAUGCUGGGAUUUUGCGCAAUGGAGUGCGGCCCGGUGGUGGGUUGGGCAAGAAAUGGUGUGUACCAAAGUCGGAUUCCAGCACCCAAGCUCUGCAGGCCAAUAUAGACUACGUUUGCAGCUCGGGUGUGGACUGCAGGCCCAUACAAGGUGGUGGGCCAUGCUUUGAGCCCAAUGAUAUCAGGUCCCACGCCUCCUUCGUCAUGAACUCUUUCUAUCAAACCAAAGGUCGCAAUGAUUACAACUGUGAUUUUGCCAAAACCGGAGUCAUUACUUACACGAAUCCAAGUCAUGGCACAUGUUCAUACCUCUCUUGAGAAUUGAAGGAGAUGACAAUAAUUUUAACUACAACCAAAUUUGAUAGGAAGUUUUCUAAUUGGAAUUAUAUUUAUUUUUUAGAUUUCUGAUUUCUUUUGGCACUUUAAUUAUGUAUUACAUGUAAUAUUUUUUUUUCUUGAUUAUAAAGACUGGCUGAUACGUCAAAAAUAGUGUCGUUUGAGCACUAAAUUGUACUUGCAUCUCUGUUCGAGCCAAUGAAAAGAGCAUAUGUUUUUCCUUUUUUUUUUUUUUUUUUUUUUUUUU